CACCCAUCUCCCUUUUACAGGUUAAUUUUAAUUGGGAUUUUACGUGUUUUACUUUGAAAGUCUUCCAAAAGCUGAAACUUCUGCAGGGAAAUGCCUAAGAAAAAAACCGGCCAGCGUAAAAAGGCUGAAAAGCAGAAGUUGCGCCAGAAAGGCAUUCGAACUGCACGCGAAAAUGUCGCUUUGGCCGAGCAUCCAUGCAAUGCUUUGAUGGAAUGUGAAAAGUGCCACAAGAAGCAGAAAAGCCGUGCCUUCUGUUACUUUUGUCAGAGUGUUCAAAGGCUGCCAAUAUGUGCACAAUGUGGCAAAAUUAAAUGCAUGUUAAAAACAGGAGACUGUGUUGUAAGACAUGCUGGAGUUUAUACAACAGGAUUAGCCAUGGUUGGAGCAAUUUGUGAUUUUUGUGAGGCAUGGGUAUGCCAUGGCAGGAAAUGUCUGCAGACACAUGCAUGCAGCUGCCCAUUGCAGGAUGCAGUCUGCGCUGAAUGCGAACGCGGUGUUUGGGAUCACGGCGGGCGCUUGUUCAAGUGCUCAUUUUGUGAUUCUUUUCUCUGUGAAGAUGAUCAGUUUGAGCAUCAAGCAAGUUGUCAAGUAUUGGAGUCGGAAAAUUACAAAUGUCAAAGUUGUAACAAAAUGGGUCAAUACUCCUGCUUGCGUUGCAAGACAUGUUACUGUGAGGACCAUGUGAGGAGGAAAGGCUUCAAAUAUGAGAAGAACAAAGCGAUUCCGUGCCCGAAGUGCGGAUACGAUACAUCGCAGACUAAAGAUUUGAGCAUGUCAACGAGAAGUCACAAAUUCGGCAGGCAAGGCCAAUCGACCUAUUCGUACGGUGACGAUGAGGAAGCUUACGGUGAAGGUGAUGGUGCGUCGUACAGCUAUGGCGGCUAUGGAGGUAAUUACGACGAUGAUGACGAUUUCGAAGAGGAUUCCGAUGAAGAUGACUCGGAUGAAGACGAAUCGGAGGAGGAAUCCGAUGGCGACGCUGCCGGCGAAGAAAAAAAGAAAUAAAACUGUGGCGCGUCGUCCUCAUCCUCGAACAUCUCGUAGGCAUAUUCCGGCAGCCACUUUUCCAAUUGCUCAUCAAAGAACUUCUCCAGAUUGGAAGCAUCGCUGUACACUUGCGAAUCGACCUAAAAUACAAUUAUUUCAUUUGUAACUGCAUAUUGGUUGAUUAUAUUGAUCGGACUCUUACAGCGUUGAAAA